UUCAUAUAACCAACCCUUAGAGAACAACAUUACCCCAUUUCUUUUUAAUUACUGCUUCUUGUUCUCUUCCUUCACACGUACCCCACCAUUAUCAAUAAUGGCACGCCAAAGCUUUGUUCUUGCUUUGGUCUUUAUAGCUCUUGUCGGGUUGGUUUCCGCCGCCAAUACAGCUUCUAAAGCACCAUCUGCAGUCCCAGUACCCGAUGAUGAUACCAUCGGCAACACUGAUGAUGGAGCAGGUGCAUCCUCCCCCGGUGCUUCUAAUGACGCUGUUGCUGCCCCUCUUGGCAGUGAGCAGGAAGCUAAAAGCAUGGCUCCUGCUCCUUCUAGUGAUGCAACCACCACAGGUGUCUCUGCCGUUGGGGCGGCUGCUCUCACUGGGGCAGCUGCCAUUGCUACCUACUUCGCCUUCUAAAUUAGCUUCGUCUCAAUCCAAGUAGUAAACCUCGAAAAAGGGUCUUAUUAACCAUAAUUUGUACGUCUACUUUAAUUUCAUAGUCUGGUAAAUUUGAGGUUUGCAAAGGCAGCUGCUUGUAUUUGUUUAUGAAUAAAACUAAUGAAUAUAUAUACAUAAAUAGGAAACUUAUAUGAAUUUUUGGAUUUCAAAAAUAAGGUCACAUUUUUCAUUUAAAAUAUAGUAAAAUAAUAAUAAUUGAUUAGUCCAUGUAAUAUUCGUUACCAUAAGCAUAAAAUCUCAAUCCCCUUUAUAUUCUAUAUAAAAUAUGACAUUUUUAUUAAGAAACAAGCACUAGUUAUAAAAUAAUAAGCCCUACUUUGGUUAACAAUUCAAGCAGAAGCAUUGGGGUUAGAAACAGCAAAU